AUGGUUCGUCUCGGCACUGCUGCAAUUCUCGCUUCGACCGUCGCGCUCGUCACCGCCCAAUACGCUGUAAGCCAUCCAUCGUCGACCCAUCUGGCGGCUUAAUCCCAGCUUUCCGUAUAUCAAACAGCUGAAAACAACCACAUCAUCUGCACCCUACACCACUCACCCCCUGCAGACCCCUGCGUGUUUGAUGCCCUGCUACGCCUCUUCGCUCACCGCUUCGGGCACCACAUGUGGGGUAAGGAUCUGCCCCGCUCGUCCCGAUUCUUCCGCUUUGAUGACUGAUGCCAUUUCUUUCCGGAAACUGUUCUUCUCUUUUAGUCCAGCGACAUCAAGUGCUUGUGCCAAGACUUCAAGUACCAAGUUGCGACGGCGCGAUGCUUCAAGGACAAAUGCGCCAACUUGACCGAAACCGAGACUGCGUCGAGCAUCGGACUCAUGUCGUGCGCUAGCGCCGGUGUCAUCGUCGAUCAAGCAGCGAUAUCAUCCGCCUUGGCUUCCUCCACUGUGGCCUCUUCCACAGCUGCGGCAUCCAAGACUGAAACAUCAGCGGCCAGCGCCACCGCCGCUGCGACUUCGGCGGCCGCCUCGAGUGCCGCCUCGAGUGCCGCUUCGAGUGUCGCUUCGAGUGCCGCCUCGGCGGCCACUUCCUCUGCCGUUUCCGUGGCUACUUCCACUGCAGUGUCUACUACUGCCGUCGCUUCGGUAAGUUGAGAGGUGACCGAACUCGGUGUUGGGGAAGAUGGCGAGAUGCUCCUACGCACCCAUCAAUGCUAACCCGUGCCCUUCUCCUCAUAUCUGUCGCUGCUCGCCACGACCACAGGUCAUCACCAGUGCCGCAGCUGGUAAGCUCACUGUACCCACCAUAAGCUACAUAUGAUGCCACAGUACGCUCACAAAGCAUCUUCUCGUCUUCUCUUCCUCUUCAGCUGCCACAUCGACGCGAGCUGCUUCGUCUGCCGACAAGGCAGUGGGUACCGGCGCCCUCGGCUUCGUCGCCGGUCUACUGGCGCUCUUGACAUGA